GUUCAUUUCAAUUCUGUUUGUGUUUUUAGAGCGUUUCAGUAGCUCGUGCAUUAUGCCGUUCGAAGAAAUAAUUUGUGCAAUCCAAGAAAAACCAGAAAUAUGGAUGUCAAAGCAUGCUCUCUAUAAAAAUAGACUAGUGAAAGCAAAAAUCUGGACUGAAUUAGCAGAAAAACUAGGCAUAGAAGAAGUUACAUUGAAAAAGCGUUGGAAACAUUUAAAAGACCAAUACCGGAAGGAACUCAAGAAACAACCACAUUUCAGAUCUGGAGCAGAGGCGGACGUUUGGGUGUCUUCAUGGCAAUAUUUUAAUUUAAUGAUGUUCAUUAAAGAUGAAGUAAUGCCUGCACCAUCAACUGGAAAUUUAUCUGUUAAUGAAACAGAUGAUAGCCAAGAAGCAGAAAAUAUAGAAAAUGAUGAGGACAGUUCAGAGAUGCCAAAUGAUUCGGAUAAUUUGGAUUCUGAAAUGAUGCAGCCGAUGAUGUCUCCACCUUCUCAACCUGCAGCCACAUCGUCUGCAAGUUCGUCUCAACAGUCGUCAUCGUCGUCAAGAAAACGUUUGAAUCUGAAGGAGAGUAUGCUAGACAUCGAAAAAAAGAAACUUCUAUUCAUGGAAAAACGGUUAAUGGAGACCGAUAAUGAUCAGAAGUUAAAUAAUGAUGAAGACUUCUUAUUCUUGAGAAGCAUUCUUCCCGCAAUGAAGAAACUAACGGAACUGCAAAAAUUUCAGUUCCGUGGCAAAGUUAAUGAAUGGCUGUAUGAAGCUACGAAAGAAAACCAAGCAGUUACUUCUCAACAAAAUGUUAAUUAUCAGUGUUACUACACUACACCACCAGAUGAAGAAACUCAGAGUUUAACUUUUUUGUAGUUCGAAUUAAAUAAAAUAAAUACGGUUACCUAUAUUGAAGUAGUUUCAUUUCUACUCACCUUAAGGUCACG